UGAGCGCUUAAGAAUAAAACAACAGGUCAUGCAAUGGCUAUCCUGUCUCUUUGAAUUUAAAUCGCGAUUUAUUCAACGCGUCCCCCGCGUAUUCUACGGCCCUGGGUUUGUGAUAUAAAUCCCUCUUGUUUACGUGGGCGUUUCGCGCGUCAGUCUGAUUCUUAAUGAACAAAAUGAUGGCUCAGCGGGAAGACUAAUUAAAAACCUUUUCUACCUCCUCUUCCUCAUCCAGUCCAGCAGAGCGUAAUUACCCAGAGGAUCAUCAUCGCUCUGGACUGCAGGACUCCCAUUACUGGGAUUCUCUCUGUGUGUGUGUGUGUGUGUGUGUGUGUGACCGACCGUUAGAAACCGUUGGAGGGUGUAAUAUUGACGGGGAGGAGUCAGAAGCUGUGAUUUGUAGAUCCUGUGAUGGAUGAUUCCUGUAUGUGAAUGAGGGAGGACGCGUGUGGGAGAUUGUAUGAGUCUCUCUUUUUUUCCAGAGCUCUACCCUGGAGGAAAGAAAGAGAGAGGGGGAACCACUGUAGAAAGACAACCGCAGCACAAAGACCAGACAGAAAACAGCCUGGAGAGAAGAAAAUAACAAGUGAGCUUGUUCCUGAAGGAUCUGCGGUCUGUCAUCUUUACUUGUGUUUCUUUCCUUUUGAGUAUUUUAAGAACUGAUACUUGUCCUGUAGUUUAUGUUUGGGCAUUUACAGCUACAAUAGAGGUUCAGACCUGCGUCUUUGGGCUUUGGUUUGGAGAUGCCGGGUAGGACUGGCAGUCUGAACGCUGAACUGAUGGUUCCCAGCUCCGGUUUGUGGAUUUGGGGUUUGUUGAGCGCCCUAAUUCUCGCGGGUCACUCUGGAGCGUGUCCGCCUCACUGUUCCUGCACAGGUACUACUGUGGACUGCCAUGGACUCGCCUUCAAAAACGUGCCACGAAAUAUACCAAAGAACACAGAAAGACUGGACUUGAACACAAACAACCUUACACAUAUCAGCAAGGAUGACUUCGCUGGCCUUAAGCACCUCCGAAUUUUGCACCUAAUGGACAACCAGAUCAUCUCUAUUGAUAGAGGAGCCUUCAAUGAUCUGAAGGAAUUGGACAGACUACGUCUCAACCGAAACCGUCUCCAGCAACUCCCAGAGCUCCUGUUCCUGAAAAAUCCCGCUCUCUCCAGACUGGACUUAAGUGAGAAUGUCAUCCAGAUGAUACCAAGGAGAGCAUUUAGAGGAGCCACCGACAUCAAGAACUUACAGCUGGAUAAGAACCACAUCAGCUGCAUCGAGGAUGGAGCGUUUCGUGCCAUGAGAGUCCUGGAAGUCCUCACACUGAACAACAACAAUAUCAGCACUAUCCCCAUUUCUAGCUUCAACCACAUGCCCAAGUUACGAACCUUCCGUCUGCAUUCUAACAGUCUGCGGUGUGACUGUCAUUUGUCAUGGCUGUCUCAAUGGCUCAGACAGAGACCAGCGCUGGGACUUUACACACAAUGCAGUUCACCACCUAACCUACACGGCCUCAACCUUGCCGAACUGCAGAAGAAAGAUUUUACAUGCUCUGGUAUUUUUGAUUCCAGUCCUCAGCCCUGUGGCAUUGCGUCUGGUUCCUGUCCUCCAAUGUGCACUUGCAGUAACAGUAUUGUUGAUUGUAGAGGAAAAGGUCUCACGGCAAUUCCAGCCAACAUGCCUGAAAGUAUGACUGAGAUACGAUUAGAGCAGAAUGGUAUAAAGUCUGUUCCUCCAGGAGCAUUUGCCUCCUACAAGAGACUGCGAAGAAUUGAUUUGAGUAAUAACCAAAUAUCUGAAAUAGCCCCAGAUGCAUUUCAAGGCCUGCGCUCACUCAACUCACUGGUUCUUUAUGGAAAUAAGAUUACAGAUCUGCCUCGGGGAGUUUUUGACGGAUUGAGUGCAUUAGAGUUACUACUACUAAAUGCCAAUAAAAUCCACUGUGUUCGUGUCAACGUCUUCCAGGACCUUGAGAACUUAUCUCUAUUGUCCCUGUACGACAAUAAGAUCCAGAUUCUAGCCAAAGGCACAUUUACUCCUCUGAAAUCCAUUCAGACUCUUCACUUAGCUCAGAACCCGUUCGUCUGUGACUGUGGAUUGAAGUGGCUGGCUGAUUUUUUGCGAUCCAAUCCGAUUGAGACCAGCGGCGCACGAUGCUCCAGUCCUCGACGGCUCGCCAACAAACGCAUCAGUCAGAUCAAGAGCAAGAAGUUCCGCUGUUCGGCCAAGGAACAAUACCACAUCCCAGGUGCAGAGGACACACGUUUGAAUAAGGACUGCAACAGCAAGCCUGUAUGUCCACCCAAAUGUCGCUGUGAAGCUACUGUAGUGGACUGCUCAAAUUUACGCUUAACCAAGUUCCCAGAGCACCUUCCGCUUUCUACAACUGAACUACGUCUCAAUAACAAUGACCUCUCUAUCCUGGAGGCAACAGGACUCUUUCGGCCCCUCACACAUCUCAAGAAAAUAAACCUUAGCAACAAUAAAAUCACUGAGAUUGAGGAUGGAGCUUUUGAUGGUGCAUCCUCUGUGGUUGAACUUCACCUGACUGCCAACCACCUGGUGUCCAUACGUGGAGGAAUGUUCCGGGGAAUGGAUGGAUUACGCAUGCUGAUGCUCAGAAAUAAUCGCAUCCGUUGCAUCCACAACAGCAGCUUCUCAGGCCUGCAGAAUGUACGUCUGCUCUCGCUCUACGACAACCAGCUUACCACGAUCAUGCCUGGAGCCUUCGACAUGCUGCCAAAUCUCUCCACCCUAAACCUGCUUGCAAACCCUUUUAAUUGUGACUGUCGUCUGUCCUGGGUGGGAGACUGGCUACGAUCUCGACAGAUUGUGACAGGGAACCCUCGCUGUCAGAACCCAGCCUUCCUUAGAGAGAUCCCACUGCAGGAUGUGGCAAAGCCAGACUUCCUCUGUGAGAAGGCAAUCAUUGAAGAUGACAUGAGCUGUGUCCCUAAGCCAGAGUGUCCAGAGGAGUGCACUUGUCUGGAGACGGUGGUGCGCUGCAGUAACAAACACUUGUUCGGUUUACCUCGUGGCAUCCCACACAAUGUCACUGAACUAUAUCUAGAUGGGAAUCUGUUUGUUGCGGUUCCCAAAGAGCUCUCGGCGUUCAAACACCUGCAGCUGGUUGACCUGAGCAACAAUAAAAUCAGUUCCUUGUCCAACUCGUCUUUUGCCAACAUGAGUCAGCUGACCACACUCAUCUUGAGUUAUAACGCCCUGCGCUGUAUCCCUCCUCUUGUGUUUAAAGGACUGUCCUCUCUUCGACUGCUAUCUCUCCAUGGCAACAAUAUAUCUGAAUUACACCAAGAAAUCUUCAGAGAUGCUGCAUCUCUAUCACACCUGGCCAUUGGUGCAAACCCGCUGUACUGUGACUGUCGGCUGCGUUGGCUUUCUGAUUGGGUGAAAAGUGGGUACAAGGAACCUGGUAUCGCCCGUUGUGGCGGGCCUCAGGGUAUGGAGGGAAAACUACUGCUCACAACACCAGGCAAUACCUUCCAAUGCACAGGUCCCGUGGAUCUGUCUGUCUCUGGGAAAUGCAGCCCAUGUUCUUCAAACCCCUGCCAGAAUGAAGGCCGGUGCCACAACGACCCCGUACAUCAGUACAAGUGCAGCUGUCCACAGGGUUACAAGGGUAAAAACUGUGAGGUCUCUGUCAGCGCUUGUGAAGGCAAUCCAUGUGUAAAUGGAGGCACCUGUUAUAGCGAAGAGGCUAGAAAAGGCUUCAGCUGCAUGUGUCUUCUGGGAUACGACGGUCAGUUCUGUGAGGUGGAUGUUGACGAUUGUGUGGAUAACAAGUGUGAAAAUGGCACCAUCUGUGUGGAUGGAGUGGGAAACUACACCUGUGUCUGUCCACACCCCUUCUCAGGGCCAAAGUGUGAAGAGUAUGAGGAAGAUCUGUGCUAUCCUGGUCAGAAUCCCUGUCAUCGCGGCUCUACUUGUAUACCGACCGUCACAGGACCGAAAUGCAUCUGUCCGCCUGGUUUUGUUGGUGAUGACUGCAGUAUAGAUUAUAACGAAUGCGAGGGACAUUACUGUCAGAACGGAGCUCAGUGUGUGGAUCAUGUAGCGGGAUAUACAUGCAUCUGUCCACAAGGUUACAGUGGUCGGUUAUGUGAGGUGUCUCUUUCUCCAUCUGGCUGUGAGUUGUUGCACUGUGAGAACAAUGCCCCCUGUGUGGAGAGUGACGGUUCUGCAGCCUGUCAGUGUCUCUCUGGGUUCGGGGGGCCACUCUGUGAGAAGCUCCUCAGCGUCAACUUCAUCGACAGAGAUUCUUACCUGCUGCUCAGCGAUGUCAAAAACUGGCCACAGACCAACAUCACUCUACAGGUCUCCACAGCUGAGGACAAUGGGAUUCUUCUCUACAAUGGUGUCAAUGACCACAUUGCUGUAGAGUUACAUGAAGGGCAUGUCAAAGUGACCUAUGAUGCAGGAAGUCAGUCAGGCAAUACUAUUUACAGUUCUGAAAUAGUGAAUGACGGACAGUUUCAUACUGUUGAAUUGGUCACUUAUGACCGAAUGGUCAACCUUUCAGUUGAUGGAGGGCUUCCUACUACUCUGGACAGCUUGGGACACGUCCAUCCCCUCACCAGAGAUACUCCACUAUACGUAGGGGGUAUGCCUGAAAAUGCGCAGUCUCUGUCUUUUAACCAGUGGCCGCCUCUCAAUGGAUCCAGUUUCCAAGGCUGCAUACGGAACCUCUACAUUAAUAACGAGCUGCAGGAUUUCACACGCACCCAGAUGAAGCCCGGAGUGGUGCCGGGGUGCCAGGCCUGUCAGGAGCUGCGCUGCGUGAACGGACUGUGUCAGCCAGCCUCUGCCGUCGGGCCCGUGUGCCACUGUCAGCCAGGUUGGGGCGGCCGGCACUGUGAUCAGGACCUGCUGGCAGCCGCUACCAACCCCUGCCAAAAAAACAAGUGUGUUCACGGCACCUGUGUUCCAGUGGACCUCCAGUCGUAUCGCUGCGAGUGUGCGGAUGGUUUCCUUGGACCCCUGUGCAGUCAAGCAUCCUCCAGCCCCUGUACAGCACUUCCAUGCCAACACGGCUUCUGCGAGACAUCACAGAUGGGGCAGGCACAGUGUGUUUGUGACAGCGGUUACAGCGGCCAGUUAUGUGACAUCGUGGCUCCUUGCCAGGGCGAGUCCGUACGGGACUUCCAUCGCGUGCAGCGUGGCGAGGUCCAGUGCCGGAGCACGCAGCCGCUGUCCUGGGUGGAGUGUCGAGGCGGAUGCAGGCCAGAUACGGGCUUCUGCUGUAGCAGCACCAGAGUACGACACAGACACUACAGUUUCGAGUGCGACGAUGGCAGUUCCUUCACACAAGAUGUGGAAAAGACAGUCGAAUGCGGCUGUGGAAAGUGUGUGUAGUCAUCAAAGAUCACAGACAGAUGGAAGACAUUGGAAAAAAAAAAUAGAGUGCAUUUGUAUCUGUGUACCAUGGAGCAUAACAUCUGUGAGGUAGUUUGAAAAACUAUUUAAGAAAUGAUAACCCUUGCAUGUGAAUGAUGAAUUAUGGGUAUUUUCUUCUGAGUUGUGCUGUCAGGAUUAUUGAAUAUUGAAAGUAAAAAUCUAACAAUUGGAUUAAGAAUACAGCUUAACAAACAGCAUGUUAUACAGAAUUUAUAGUAUUUAAUAUAAUUGUAAAAUAUUUGUUUAACAUUAAUUUUGAUUGUAAUAUAUACAGUUUUUAAUUUCCAUAUAGUAUUUUUGUACGUUGAACACCAAACAUUGGUGAUGUACAAUUUUUUACCUUUUAGUCUGUUUUCUACCCACAGUUAUUUGACAAAGUAGUCGAAGCUGCUUUUUGUUUUCAUUUAAUGCAGUGUUUUUGUGUGCAGGUGUUUCUAUUUAUUUCAAUAAAGGUUUUUGCCUCUUAAAAAGGCUUGGUUUUA